AUGGCAGCCAUGGCGAGCAAGGAGGAGGACAUCCAGAUGAUGCUGGUCUGCAAGACCCACCUGGGCACUCGCAAUGUGGACUACCGCAUGAAGCGCUACAUCUUCCGCCGGACGGUGGAGGGGAUCCACAUCAUCCAGCUGGGAAAGACCUGGGAGAUGCCAGACUGGGAUGGAGGCAUCAUCGUGGCCAUUGAGAAUCCGUUUGACAUCAUCGUAGCAUCGCAGCGGCCGUACGGAUCGCGCGCCGUGCUGAAGUUUAGCCAGUACACCGGGGCGAAUCCCUUGGCCGGACGAUGGACGCCAGGCACACUGACGAACCAGAUCACGCAGAAGUACUUGGAGCCCAGACUCUUGAUCGUGACGGACCCCCGCACGGACAACCAGGCAAUCAAGGAGGCCGCUUAUGCCAGCAUCCCAGUCAUCGCACUGUGCGACACUGACUCACCUCUGGACAAUGUGGAUGUCGCGAUCCCGGCCAACAACAAGGGCAAGGAGUCCAUUGCGCUACUGUACUGGAUGCUGGCGAGGGAGGUGUUGUACCUUCGGGGCCGCAUGCCCCGGAGCCAGCCCUGGGAUGUGAUGGUGGACUCCUUCUUCUGGCGGGACCCAGAGGAAGUGAUGCAGGACGAGGAGCCUGAGCAUCACAUGUCCAUUUCCCAGAACUAUGGCAAUCAGCAGGACCGUCAGGAGACGUGGGCCCCUGCAGCUACAUGGGAGGGCGCAGGUGGUGGCGGCAACUGGGACGACAUGACGCGCGACGCAGCCUGGGAGGCUCCGGCAGCCGGGGGCGCUGGAGGCAAUCGGGACGACUGGAACGCCCCAGCAGCGCAAAACCAGGGUGGCUGGUGA